AGAAAGUUAGGGAUGAACAUAAACAUAUGGAGCUGCAUUUUGUUGAGAGUGAAGGAGAUUUAGGGGCAAAAGGAAAAAGGUUGGGACAAGAGAAAGAAGGGUCAAACAAUAAAUAUUCCUGCCUGAGGACAAAACAUCAAAAGAUAAAGAUGAUAAAAUAACAAAGAACAAAGUGAGGAUUAGCCAGGCAGCUCCCACAUGAGUGGAGACCUUUGUUUUCUGUGUGGAAUCUGAGGAAAAGCUCAGGGCUGGGGCUGAAGGAGGAAGAGGAAACUAGAUGGGACGAGAGGGAGAAAGAGAGAAAGGAAGCAGUCUACUGUUUCACACACGGGUGGUAAAGUUGAGUCCUGACUAGAAUUCUCCUGGUUAUGUGCGCCAUCUGGAAUGUCGAGUCACUUCCUGUGUCUGCCCUGCACUUUAAUAGGGUUGUCCUCUGCCUCUCUGGUUCCCUCCCUCUGCUCUGACAGUACUCUGGAGAACUGCUGGAGAUCACACCAGCGCAGAUGGGACUCUUAUGACAAGACACACAGCAGCACACAACCAUCCAGCAUGGAAGUGAGUGCCCUGGAGCAGCCCGCAUCCAAGCAGACACGCUCUAAAUGGAAUCUUGGCCUGGAAGAAGCAAAGACAACUGCAGUUAUCAGCUAAACUUUUUGGAGGGUGUUCCUAUUUCCUUAUAUGGCAACAAAACUGAAAAAUCAUUUGAAUUAGUCUGGUUUCUGUUGCAUGCCUGUCUGGUUUUAGUGCUGACUGAGUUCCAUCUGGUAUGCUUCUGUCUCUGCUGUGUGCGUGUGUGAGUGUGUGUGGGCGCCUUCUAUGCGGCUUGACUUGUUUCUUUCUGUCGUUGUGGUUGUUCUUUUCGUGUUGUUUGUAUGUGGGUUUUUUGUUUUGGGACAAGGGGAGGGCUUGUGUUAGUGGUUAAGGUAGAGGAACUGUCAGUUCCUCAGAGGUAGCUGCUUCAUUCAGACUCUGCACCACCUCUUGUUGUUUUGCCUUUACCCCCUUUUCUCUACCUCUCUUGCACUGCUGUUCUGGUCUGUGUCUGAGUAGCAUGCUGCAGUAACUUGCAACCAAAAGCUGAAACGGGGCUGAAACACGAGGAUAUUUAUAGAAAGAUGGACUGGAGUUUUUGUUGAGGAGCAGGCUCACAAUCAGUUGGAUGUUUUUUCUUUCUUCCAGUUCAACAGGAUGCGUGACCCAGGAAGUUUUAACUAACAAAGACAAGGCAUUGAUAUGCCUGUUUGACACUUUGAUCAUGAAGAAAAGGAUUAUGGGAAUUUCUUAAUCUAUACCACUCAGCAUCCUCUGACAACUUGAGUGACAGACUGCCAGCAUGAUGCUGUCUGAACAAGUCUGAUACAGUUAAAUUGUGCUAAACUUGCCUUAUGUCAAGUUCAUCACCUCAUGUGGAUUAUUUUUAUGAAUAUAUCUCUCAACAUUGAUUACCAUGGCUACGGCAGCAUGGUAUCAUCGUGACAUCAGCCGUGUGCAUGCAGAGGACUUGUUGGCACGGGCAGGGAGGGAUGGCAGCUAUCUGGUGAGAGACAGUGAGUCUGUGCCUGGAGCCUAUGCACUGUGCCUACUGUUCCAGCGUCAUGUUCACACCUAUCGAAUACUUCCCGAAGCAGACGGCCUUCUAGCUGUUCAGACAACGCAGGGGGUGCAAGUGAACUGUUUCCGGACACUGGAGGACUUGGUGUUGGGGUACCAGCAUCCCCACAAAGGCUUGGUCAUUCCUCUGCUCUACCCUGUUCCUCGGGAUACAGACAAUGGGGAUGAGAGCUCUGAUGAUGAAAAGCCACCUCCAGUUCCAGCCUCUGUCAAUGCAGGUGCUUUCACAGGACCACCAGCAAAAGCAGCCGCUCAUGGCCUAUUCCUGGAUAAGUUGCAUGAGCUGAAUCCAUCCAAUACUGCGGGUGAGGUGAUUGCUCUACUCAAUGACUACCUCUUCAGUGAGCUGCCUCUUGACAUUGAGAAUGUGCAUAAAGGGGCAACAACUCUAUGCCACCUCAAGCGCACUUUGUGGUCUGCCUGCCGAGGUGUCAACAGUGAGAUUGACCUGACUCUCUCAAGUCUGGAAACCCUGGCCAAGGUCUUUGAUCAUCCUAGCUGCUCUUUAACACACACCAAGGCACAGGGUCCAGAGAUGGAGAUAGACACCUUGUUGUGUAAGAUUUCAGCAUUGGUCAGCCUCCUUACUUCGCUGGAGAAAAAGGUAUUAAAAGCACUACAAGAUGCAGUGACCAACCAUAAUCUGGCAGUGCAGCCUAACCCACCCCCUCCUGAUCCAACACCUGCCACUAUAACACCGGUAAAGAACCAAGCCAGACAGAUGCCAGUCCAUACCUUCCAGGUAAAGAUGGCGAGGUAUGGCAGACAGACAGUUUCUGUUGAUGUGGACACAGGAGUUCUGCUUUUUGACCGGAAGUCUGGUUCAUUUGGAAUAGAAAGGGUCUCACAUGACAGAAUCCUUCAGAUUGUCAAGUUCCAGAGCAGUCCAGCCAAGAUACGCAUGAUUGUUGACAGCCACCACAACAUACCACGAGAGAUGACAUUUGAGAGUGCACGGAAAUGUGACUCCUUCUGCACACUCCUCCAGCUGAUGAAAACCAGGCACUCUCAGCUGAGUGAACCCGACAUGGUCUCUGUGUUUGUUGGUACCUGGAAUAUGGGUGGCUCCCCUCCUCCUCACAGCCUGCAGUCAUGGGUGACCUGCUGUGGUUUGGGACAUACCCCUGAUGAGUCGAUCGCCUUGCUGCCACAUGACAUCUAUGCUCUGGGGACCCAAGAAAACCCUCAGGGGGAGAGAGAGUGGACAGAGCACAUCAAAGCAACCCUUCGCAGCUAUACUCACAUCGACUUCAAACAAGUGGCAGUACAGUCCCUCUGGAAUAUGAGGCUGGCUGUGUUUGUAAAGCCGGAGCAUGAGAGUCGCAUCAGCCACGUGAACACAGCCAAUGUAAAGACUGGCUUGGGGAACACACUAGGAAAUAAGGGAGCUGUUGGGGUGUCGCUCCUCUUCAAUGGAACAUCUUUUGGUUUUGUUAACUGCCACCUGACCUCUGGAAGUGAGAAAGUCUUGAGGAGGAACCAGAACUUUCUGGACAUCCUCAGGCUGCUCUCUCUAGGUGAUAAACAGCUCGGUGUCUUUGACAUCAGUCUGCGCUUCACCCACCUAUUCUGGUGUGGAGAUCUCAACUACAGACUUGACUUGGAUGUACAGGACAUCCUGAAACAUGUGUCUAAAAGAGAGUUUGAGGAGCUCAUGUGUGCAGACCAGCUAACCCGAGAGAGACACAAGAGGAAGGCCUUUUUUAGCUUCAAGGAAGAGAAGAUUGCAUUUCCACCCACCUAUCGGUAUGAACGGGGCUCCAGAGACUGCUACCUAUGGCAAAAGUACAAGACUUCAGGAGUGCGAGUCAAUGUUCCAUCAUGGUGUGACAGGAUUCUGUGGAAGUCCUACCCAGACACACACAUCAUCUGCACCACUUAUGGUUGCACAGAUGACAUCUUCACAAGUGAUCACUCACCUGUUUUUGCCACGUUCCAAGUGGGAGUGACGUCACAGUUAAGCUCCAAAACAGAUCCAAGUGCCAACAUGGAGAGGGCCUGGAUAGAGCUCGAAGGCAUCGAGGCCAUUGUGAAGACGGCAAGCAAGGCGAAGUUCUUCAUUGAAUUUCAUUCAUCUUGCCUUGAAGAGACACGGCGCUCAAGUGAGAAUGACUCGCAGAGCUGUGAUGUUCCUGGGUUUCUCAAACUAGGCUGGUCCUUCAAACAACUGCCAAAGCUACUUCCAGUCAUGUCUGACAUGGAGUAUCUUCAGGAUCAGCACCUGCUCUUGUCUGUCAAGUCAUGUGAUGGGUUUGAGUCAUAUGGUGAAUGCUGUGUGGCUCUGCGUUCACUCACUGGUGCAUCAGAGCAGUUUGAGACAUUUCUAAGUCACCGAGGCGAGGAGAUGGGCUCCAUAAGAGGACGGGUCAGGGUUCACGUGCCCAAAGAUAGGCGAGAAAGGCGGGAGAAGAUCUACGAGUGGUUCUGUUUUGAGAAAGAUGAUAGAUGUCCUGGGAUGCGACAUAUGUCUCCUGCAACUACACAGGUGCCAGUAAACAGGUCAGCUGCAGUUCCUCCCAAACUAACUUCCAGCAGCUACACCAACCCAGCCUACUUCAUCUUUGAAGGCUUGUCAGUAGCACGCAGAGUGGAGGAGGCUCUUCCCCAGCAAAGGGACCCUCAGGUGAUCUGGUCUGGGAAUGAGGCCUUGCAGCUUCCAAAAAUCUCAGGACAUCAAGGCUUUGACCGGAGACCCUGUCGUAGAUCAGACUUUACAGAGAUUGAAAUUCCAGCCGUUCUGCCCCAGUACAAUCCAACCAGUGACCUUCACAUACCCCAAAUCAACUCCUCUUAUCAGCUUUUCCCAGCUAAAAACCAGUCUCCCAUACCUCCACCCUCAAGUAAUGCCCUCUCACAGUACCAGGAACAGACAUCACAACCAAGAGACAAAUAUCAAAGUAAAACUAUUUUUCAAAACUCCAUACUGCCUGAGAAGAACCUGAAGAACUUGUAUAUGAACCACUCAGCAAUCAUCAGGGAAAAAAACAGAAGGGAUCAGCAUCAUCUUCUCCCAGAAAGGACCAAUCCUGUCCAUGCAGCCAAGGCGCCGUCUGCUUUCCUGUACUCCCCCACACGCUUAAUACACUGUAAGAACUCUGUUCCCUGGAUAGUGGAUCAGCAGCCACCUACAGGGGACAGCUCCCUCACUGCUUUGCAAAUUGCUAAGUCCCUCAGCGAAGUUGACUUCUUUCCCACAGAGAAGAGAAGCCCAUCCAUACCCAACCAGGCACUGUGUUAUUUAAAUGGCCCUUCCAUGCAUGCAGAUAGAGGCUACAGCUGGGAGAAAGAGGUGUCUGUCCUCCAAGGUGCACCAGAGACCGUACAGGAACUUCUCAGUACCCUAGGUCUUCAGAAAUACACCCUGGGACUCAGCCUCAAUGGCUGGGAUGAUUUGGAUUACUUCAGUGGCAUCACUGAUGAGGAUCUUCGUGCGGCCGGAGUGAUGAACCCUUCACACCGACGCAGGAUCCUCGAAAAUCUGCCCAGGAACUGGAACUGACAUGUAGAGAUAACAAACACUGAGCCUUGUUGUCUGCUCAGUUUAAACUGGAAGAACUGUUAGAACCGAGACCUGAAUGGAGGACGGAUGGAUCAUAUCAGUCGGACUUUUACACAGCCCUGCCAUCUUUUCAUUUACUUGAUUAAUAUCGUAACAAUAGUUUGUGUCAACGCAACAAAGGGAACAUUACGCAGGAAGCACUUGUUGCACUGUUCGCCGAGUCAUCAGACAAUGAAAAGGUGUGUGGUAUAAAUGGAAAACCCUAAUAUAUAUCUCCAGUUACUGCCACAUAAACAAAUAUUGAUCCUGCCAUAAAGGUCUCAUUGAUUUUGUUUUAAAUGAUUGUUUAAUUACUAUAAAAAUAUAGUCCUUCAAUUUACAGUGUUCACUCGGGACAGAUGUUUGCCAUUCAUCUUUAUCCCUUCAUCUCUGUGCUCUCUGUCACUCUGCUAUUUUUGAGCCUGGAUCUGAGUUUGUAAAAGCCUUCUAUGAAAUCCGUGGAGCGUAAAACCUGUAAUUGUACAUAUCUACUAGAACACUGUCUGUAAAGUUUAUAGAAGGACGUGCCACAUCUCAUUUUGUUUACUGUCUCAUACUGUUGCUAUCAUGCCAAGUAAUCAGUACCUGUGUCCCCUGUGCAUGUUUUUUUGCAUCCUUUAUAACAUAAAGUGCAUAAAGGAGCUUUUGACUGUCACUAAACUAUCACAAGUUUUGUUUCAUGCUGUUGAGAAGGGGCAGAAAAACAGAAAUAUCUCAUGCUGCCUCCAUUGGAGUGUUCAGAUCACAUCUUCACAUUCUUCUAAUUGUGUAAUGUCACUUAGAAAUGAGGUGUAAUGAUCCAAUACUGCAAUACAUAUGGGUGAUUUUUGUGAAGCAGGUGCCUCUACUAUAAGUAGGAAUUUUGUAAAACCAGAUAUACAACUAACAUGAUUUUACAGUUCAUUUUAAUUUAACUCUCAAAUAACUCUUAAAUACUGCACUCACUGUCUUUUUACUUGUAGUAUUUGGUUGGGGUAGUUACUUAUUAAGACAUGACCAAAUACACCUCUGUGGACAGCAGACGUGUCACUGACCUCUGAAUGAAUCACCUACUGGGUGUUUUUUAUGUGUGUUUUGAAACUCACAUUGAAUUGAAACGGAUUUAAAUUGACUGACACAGUAGAUGGUUGGUGAUUGUGAUUUGUUUUUAGGAAAUGCAUGUGUUUUGACUACAUUAUUUACAACAGAAAUUGUCCAAUAUUUUGGGAAAUAGGCGUUACUUAUGAGGUCUCACGUGGUUGCCUGCCGUGUUCAUAGUGAUGACAAGACUCUAGAAUUGUUAGUGCACCUGCCAGGAAAUAGUCUAAUUCUAGUUUAAACAAAGGAGGUGCUACAUGUUAAUUAGUGAGCUUUCAGGGGCUGGUAGGCAGAACUGGUUCUUCGGACAAAGCCUGCCUUGCUGUUUCCUGCUGUUUUCAGUCUUUGAUAACCGAUUCCCGGCAGUAGCUUCAUAUUUACCGUACACUCUUGGGAGCAGUAUCGAUCUUUUCAUCUAAUUCUUGGCAAGAAAGCAAAGAUGUGUUCUUUUCAAAAUGUUGAACUUUUCCUUUAAUAACUUACAUAUUC